AUGGCUGCACUCUGGGUUGAUUUAUGGUGGGGCAAAUUUGACUGCACACCCACCAACAACAAAUCUUCAUGGUAUUGGGCCAUUUUUAAGGAUAGGGUGACCUGGGAAGCCCAUGGCCUUGCCAUCACCAGCUCAUUUGACAUUGCUCCUUGCAACCCUUCCACAGAGUACAUUACCUGGAUUCACAAUCUCUGCCUGGCUCUUCUGUAUGGAGUUCUUCCUGUCCAUGUCUGGCGCAAUUUUUGCAACAUCACUCCCACCCAACUUUGUCACACUUCUCAGCUCAUAUUGGAAUGGGCACCAGAAUUUGAGCAUAUUUUUUACCAGCAUUGUGUUGAUUGCAUUCCAUUCAUUCAUCCUUGUGUUCACCUCACAUCUUGUGUUGGCUCACCCAUAUGUUCCUCACACAAUCUUGGCCAAGAGAUAUGGCAACCAUCAGACCCAUUUUCCAACCUUGCACAGCAGGGAAUCUGCUGUUGCCAAGUGAAUGCACUCAAGGCUAUGCUACCUCAUCUUGACCCUCCUGAAAAUGUCAACCUGCAUGCAUCUUCUGACCUCCAUUAUGGUUAUCAUCUUAUCACUCUUCAAGGAGCAGAGGCCUGA